CUCCCACAACCUCCUCCGAGCACUGGACAUGGGGCUCCUGGCAAACCUCUCGGGCCUGACGGAGCUGGACGUGAGCAACAACAAGAUUUCUGCGUUAGAAGAAGGAAUGUUUGCUAAUUUAUUUAAUUUAAGUGACCUAGACCUGAGCGGGAACCCGCUCGAGUGUGGCUGUGGCCUGGCCUGGCUGCCGCGCUGGGCGCGGGCGCAGGGAGUACGUUUGGGCCAGCCCGAGGGUACCACCUGUGCGGGGCCGGGCCCCCUGGCCGGGCAGCCCCUGCUCAGUGCCCCCUUCCUGGACAGCGGCUGUGGUGAGGAGUACAUUGCCUGCCUCCCCGACAACAGCUCAGGGGCCUCAGCGCUGGUGGCCUUCUCAGUGGCCCACGAGGACCCACUGGCACCUGAGGCCUGCAGUGCCUUCUGUUUCUCCAUGGGCCGUGGCCUGGCUGCGCUGUCUGAGCAGGGCAUGUGUCUCUGUGGGGUGGCCCGGUCCCCUAACGCCUCUGCGGACUGCCUGUCCCUCUGCAACGGUGCCCCCCGGCCCCCCGCCUGUGGGGGCCCCACGCUGCUCCCACACGUCUUCCCCGCCUCCCCGGGGGCCACGCUGGAGUCACCCCGAGGGGCCCUGGCUGCUGGCCGCCCCGUGGCCUUCCGUGUCACUGCCCCCCUCCCUGUUGGCUCCGUGUGCUGGGACUUUGGCGACGGCUCCCCUGAGGUGGACAUGGCCGGGGCUACAGCCACACACCGCUACCUGCUUCCUGGCCACUACCCCGUGAAGGCCAGGCUGGCCCUGGGGGCUGCCUCGGCCCAGCUGGCCUCCGAGGUGCGGGUGGAGGCGGUGCCUGCUGUCCUGGAGCUCCUGUGCCCUGCCUCGGUGCGCAGCCACCAGGGCCUGGAGCUCAGCCUUCGGAAUCGAGGUGGCACCGGCCUGGAGGUCACCUACAGCAUCGUGGCCCUGGACGAGCAGCCUGCCCGAGCGGUGCACCCCCUCUGCCCCUCCGGCACGGAGAUCUUCCCUGGCAAUGGGCACUGCUACCGCUUGGUGGCUGAGAAGGCACCCUGGCUACAGGCCCAGGAUCUGUGCCACACCUGGGCCGGGGCCGCGCUGGCCAUGGUGGACAGCCCUGACGUCCAGCACUUCCUCGUCUCCCAGGUCACCAGGGGCCUGGACGUGUGGAUUGGUUUCUCGGCUGUGGAGGGGGUGGAGGAGGCGGGUGCGGCUCCACGGGGUGAAGCAUUCAGCCUGGAGAGCUGCCAAAACUGGCUGCCCGGGGAGCCCCACCCUGCCACUGCGGAGCACUGCGUGCGCCUGGGCCCUGCCGGCCAGUGCAACACGGACCUGUGCUCGGUGCCACACAGUUACGUCUGCGAGCUUCGGCCCGGGGGCCCUGUGUGGGACGCCGAGACCAUCCUCGUAGGUGCGCCCAGUGGGGACUUAGAAGGCCCCCUGAGCCCCCUGGUGCAGCAGGAGGCCCUGGAGGCCCCCCAGGCACCCGUGGAGGUGAUGGUCUUCCCCAGCCUGAGCCUGAGGCACGAGGCCUUCCUGACAGUGGCUGAGGUGGGGACCCAGGUGCUCAGGCGGCCUGCCCAGCUGAGGCUGCAGGUGUUCCGGCCCACCGGAGCUGUAGGGUCCCCUGAAAAUAGCAGUGAGCCUGAGCUAGGCACUCUGGAGAGUGGCACCACAAUGGCCCCAGCUCGAGUGCCCGAGGGAAGCUGGUGCCCUUUGGGUAACACCAGCAAGACCCUGGAUCCACCCCACGUGCCUCAAGCCUGUGUCAACAGUACCCCACCGGCACCCAGGCUGCCUGGGACAGACUACACCCUGUGGAGGGAGCUGCUGCUGACUGUGCCCGCGGGGCCCCCCACACAGUACUCGAUUGCUGUCCAUGGCCUGGACGUGUCCUUGCUCCCCGGGGACCUCCUGGCCCUGCAGCAUGACGCUGGUCCCGGGGCCCUUCUGCACUGCCCCCUGGCCCUCAGUCCUUCGGCUCCCUCAGCCCCUUACCUCUCAGCCAACGCCUCCACCUGGCUCACCCGGCUACCCACCCAGCUGGAGGAGGCCCCUGCUGGGCCAGCCUGUGCCCUGCGGCUGCUGGGAGCCACGGAGCGCCUCACGCCGCUGCUGGGCCCGAGCCCCCAGCCUGGGCUGCAGCGCCCUGGUCUCUACGCAGUGCAGGCCACGGUGGCUAGCGCCGUAGCCUCGCACAACCUCUCCUGCAAUUUCACCGUGGGCUCUCCUGUGGCCGGGCUGCGCGUCGUGCACCCCCCCAUCCUCGACGGCCACCUCUACGUGCCCACCAACCACUCGGCCGUGGUGCUAGCGGUGGACAUGGAUGGCAACGCCACGGCCACGGCCACUGCCCGCUGGCCUGGGGGCAACGCUAGUGCUCCCUUCGAGGCCCCCUGCCCCGCAGCGGUGGACGCUCUGCUGCCCAGCUGUCCCCAGCAGCCCAACGGCACGCUCUUCUCGGUGCUCACCCUGCCAGGGCUCGGGGAAGGUGAGCACCCCGUGGAGGUGCUGGUGCAGAGCGGCGGCAGCCAGGCCCACCUCAGCCUUCGGGUGACCGCGCAGGAGCCCGUGCGAGGCCUGCGAGCUGCACCCAGCCCCGAGGCCCGCGUGCUGCAGGGCGUCCUUGUGAGGUACAGCCCCAUGCUGGAAGCCGGCUCGGACGUGGCCUUCCAGUGGACCAUCGAUGACAAGCAGUCUCUGACCUUCCACAACGUCGUCUUCAAUGUCAUCUACCAGAGUGCGACCACCUUCAAGCUCUCGCUGACGGCCUCCAACCACGUGAGCCACGUCACCGUCCACUACAACGUCUCUGUCGAGCGCAUGAACCGCAUGCGGGGAUUGUGGGUGUCGGCCCUGCCACCCGUGCUGCCCCAGAACGCCACGCUGGCACUGACAGCCAGCGUGCUGGUGGACUCGGCCGUCGAGGUGGCUUUCCUGUGGACCUUUGGGGACGGGGAACAAGUGCUUGGCCAGUUCCGGCCCCCAUACGACGAGUCCUUCCCAGUCCCGGAGCCCACGCUGGCCCAGGUGUUGGUGCAACACAAUGCCACACACACCUACGUCACCCCAGGUGACUACAACCUGACCCUGCUCGUGUCCAACACCUUCGAGAACCUGACCCAGCAGGUCCCCGUCCGUGUGCGGGCUGCCCUGCCUGCUCUGGCUGUGGGAGUGAGCAGCCGUGUUCUGGUGGCUGGCCAUCCCGUGACCUUCUUUCCGCUGCCCACACCCAUGCCCGGGGGCACCCUGUACACCUGGGACUUUGGGGACAGCACCCCCACCAGGCUGCAGUCCGAGCCAGCCGCCAACCACACCUUCUCUGCGAGGGGCACGUACCACGUCCGCCUGGAGGCCAACAACACACUGAGCUGCUCCGUGGCACAGGCGGACGUCCACGUCCUGGAGGCACCACGUGGCCUCCACGUGGACCUGGGCCCUGCCGCCGAGCAGGGUGCACCUGUGACGGUCAGUGCCACCCUGGAGGCCGGAGACAACAUCACCUGGACCUUCGACAUGGGUGACGGCACCAUCCUGUCCGGGCCCGAGCCCACCGCCCGGCACGUGUACCUGCGGGCUCAGAACCACACCGUGACGGUGACGGCAGCAAGCCCCGCCGGCCGCCUGACCCUGAGCCAGCCCGUGUGUGUUUUCGUCCUGGAGGUGCUGCGCCUGGAGCCCACCGGCUGCAUCCCCACCCAGCCCGCGGCCCCGCUGACGGCCCACGUCACCGGCAACCCCGCCCACUAUGUCUUUGAGUGGACCUUCGGGGACGGCUCGCCCAACGUCACUGUCCGAGGGCGCCCCGUGGUGACGCACAACUUCACGCGCAGUGGCACCUUCCCACUGGUCCUGGUGCUGUCGAGCCGCGCCAACAAGGCCCACUACUUCACCAGCGUGUGUGUGGAGCCCGAGCUGGGCAACGUCACACUGUGGCCGGACCGGCAGUUCGUGCGGCUCGGGGAGGCUGCCCGGUUGGAGGCGCGUGCCUGGCCCCCCUUCUCGUACCGCUACACCUGGGACUGGGGCACCGAGGAGGCCGUCCGCCCAGGGGCCCCCGAGGCCACCCACACCUACCAGGAGACAGGCUCCUAUCUGGCCACAGUCACUGCGUCCAACAACGUGUCGGUGGGCAACGACUCUGCCCUGGUGGAGGUGCAGCAGCCUGUGGUGCUGGAGGGCAUCUCCGUCAACGGCUCCCGCGUGCUGGAGGCCCGGCAGCCCUACUGGUUUUUGGCGGUGGGCCGCGGCAGCCCCGCCCACUACCUGUGGGAGCUGGGGGAUGGCACUCGGCUGGAGGGCCCCCAGGUCUCCCACACCUACAACCACACCGGCCGCUUCACCGUCUCGGUGGCCGGCUGGAACGAGGUGAGCCGGGGCGAGGCGCAGCUGAACGUGAUGGUGGCACGGCGGGUGCAGGGGCUGCGGGUCAACGCCAGUCGCACGGUGGUCCCGCUCAACGGCAGCGUGAGCUUCAGCACGACGCUGGAGACGGGCAGCGACGCCCACUACUCGUGGGUGCUGUGCGACCGCUGCACCCCCAUCCCCGGGGGCCCCACCAUCUCCUACACCUUCCGCUCAGUGGGGACCUUCAACAUCAUCGUCACGGCGGAGAACGCGGUGGGCGCCGCCCAGGACAGCAUCUUCGUCUACGUGCUGCAGGCCAUUGAGGGGCUCCAGGUGGCGGGCAGCAGCGGUGGCUGCUUCCCCACCAACCGCACGCUGCCCCUGCAGGCCACCGUCCGCGAGGGCACCAACGUCUCCUACAGCUGGACCGCCCAGCGCACUGGGGGUGCCGUGCUGGCUGCUGCCGGCCGCCUCUUUCCCCUCAGCGUGCCUGAGCCGGGGGCCUACCUCGUCCAGCUGCGGGCUGCCAACCUACUGGGCAGUGCCACAGCCAACCGCACGCUGUGCUUCCUGGACCCCGUGGGGGCUCUGGCUGUGACCGCCACCCCCAACCCUGUCGCCACCCAUGCCAGCGUCACCCUGGUCGCCCACCUGGAGGGUGGCAGUGGCAUUACGUUCACCUGGGGCCUCGAGGGCGGGCCGAGCUGGGUGACCACAGACCUUGCCACCACCCACACAUUUGGCAGCCCUGGCCUGCACCUGGUCACCGUCACAGCUGAGAAUGCACUGGGUGCGGCCAACGCCUCCGUGGCGGUGCUGGUGCAGGUCCCUGUGGCCGGCCUCACCAUUGAGGCUGGCGAGCUGGAUGGAGGCUUUGUGGUGGCUGGCACCACCAUAGCCUUCCAGGGCCAGCUGGCUGCCGGCACCGACGUGAGCUGGAGCUGGGUGGUGCCUGGGGGCCGCAGGCUGCAGGGCCAGCAGGUGACCACGGCCUUCCCCGAGGCCGGCACCUUUGCGGUGCAGCUCAACGCCUCCAAUGCCGUCAGCUGGACGGUGGCCACUCGCAGCCUGACGGUGGAGGAGCCGGUGGCGGGCCUGGUGCUGUGGGCGGGAAGCAAAGUGGUGGAGCCUGGGCAGCGGGUGGACUUCCAGGUGCUGCUUGCCGCCGGCUCGGACGUGGUGCUGCGCCUGCAGGUGGGUGGGGCUGAGGCCGAGCCGCUGGCCGGGCCUCGUUUCUGGCGCAGCUUCCCACGUGCCGGGGACUACGUGGUGAGCGUGCGGGCCGAGAACCACGUGAGCCGGGCACAGGCACAGGUGCGCGUGGCCGUGCUGGAGGCCGUGGCCGGGCUGUGGACGCCGCACUGCUGCCCGCCCGGCGUGCCCACCGGGGCAGAGCAGAACUUCACAGCGCGUGUGCAGCGUGGUUCCCGUGUGCAGUAUGCCUGGUACUUCUCGCUGCAGAAGGUGCAGGGGGACUCGCUGGUCAUCCUGUCGGGCCGCGAGGUCACCUACACGCCCGUGGCGGCCGGCCUGCUGGAGGUGCAGGUGCGCGCCUUCAACGAGCUGGGGGGCGUCAACGUCACGCGGCGCCUGGAGGUGCAGGACGUGCUGCAGCACGUGGCGCUGCACACCAGCCGCCUCUUCGCCAACCGCUCGGCCCGCUUCCAGGCCGACACCAGCCCCAGCCCGCGCCGGGUGGCCUUUCGCUGGGACUUUGGGGACGGGGCCCCCCCGCAGGCCACGCAGGAGCCCUGGGCCGCUCAUGCCUACCUGCAGCCGGGGGACUACCGUGUGCAGGUGAACGCAUCCAACCUGGUCAGCUUCAUGGUGGCGCAGGCCACGGUCACCGUGCACGUUCUGGCCUGCGAGGAGCCCACCGUGGACGUGGCUCUGCCCCCGCAGGUGCUGAUGCGCCGCUCGCAGCGCAACUACCUGGAGGCCCACGUAGACCUGCGUGGCUGCGUCACCUACCAGACAGAGUACCGGUGGGAAGUGUAUCGCACCGCCAGCUGCCAGCGGCCUGGCCAGGCCGCCCCCCUCACUCUGCCUGGCGUGGACGUGAGCCGGCCGCAGCUGGUGUUGCCACGGCUGGUGCUGCCUGUGGGAUACUACUGCUUUGUGUUCGUGGUGUCCUUUGGGGACACGCCACUGGCCCGCAGCAUGCAGGCCAACGUGACAGUGGCCCCCGAGCGCCUGGUGCCCAUCAUCGAGGGCGGCUCCUCCCGCGUGUGGCCGGACACACAGGACCUGGUGCUGGACGGCCGCCGCUCGCACGACCCCAACCUGGAGGACGGCGACCAGACGCCGCUCAGCUUCCACUGGGCGUGCACGUCCACCACUGCCUCCCAGAGUGAGGCCAGUGGGUGUGCCCUGAAUUUUGGGCCCCGAGGGAAUCCCGUGGUCACCAUCCCUCGAGAGCGGCUGGAGGCCGGCGUGGAGUACACCUUUGACCUGACUGUGUGGAAGGCUGGCCGCAAGGAGGAGGUGACCAACCAGACGGUGCUGAUCCGCAGUGGGCGGGUGCCCAUCGUAUCCCUGGAGUGCGUGUCCUGCAAAGCACAGGCCGUGUACCAGGUCAGCCGCAGCUCCCACCUCUACCUGGAGGGCCACUGCCUCAACUGUGGCCCUGGCGCCAAGCAGGGGCGCUGGGCAGCGCGCACCUUCGGCAAUCAGACGCUGGUGCUGGAUGAGGCAAGCACGUCGACGGGCAGCGCAGGCAUGCGGCUGGUGGUGCGGCGCGGCGUCCUGCGCGACGGCGAGGGCUACAUCUUCACACUGACGGUGCUGGGCCAGUCGGGCGGGGAGGAGGGCUGUGCGUCCAUCCGCCUCGCCCCCAACCGCCCGCCACUGGGCGGCUCCUGCCACCUCUCCCCGCUGGACGGCGUGCACGCCCUGACCACCAAGGUGCACUUCACAUGUUCAGGCUGGCGCGAUGCCGAGGAUGCAGGUGCUCCACUGCUGUACGCGCUGCUGCUGCGACGCUGCCGCCAGGGCCACUGCGAGGAGUUCUGUGUUUACAAGGGCAGCCUGCCAGCCUAUGGGGCGGUGCUGCCGCCCGGCUUCCCCCCGCAGUUCACUGUGCACCUGGCCGUGCUCGUGUGGGACCAGCUGGGUGCCGCUGUGGUUGCCCUCAACAGGUCCCUGGUCAUCAUGCCCCCCGAGCCUCCUGGUGGCUCCGUGGGCCUGACGCGCUGGCUGCAUGAUCUCACGGAGAGCAAGCUCCCUGGGCUGCUGCGACAGGCCGACCCCCAGCACGUCAUCGAGUACUCCCUGGCCCUGGUCACUGUGCUGAACGAGUAUGAGCAGACUCCUGCAGCUGCGGCAGAGCCUGCCCAGGAACGGCAGCUGCGUGCCCAGAUACGCAGGAAUGUCACCGAGACGCUGGUGUCCCUGCGUGUGGACACGGUGGACGACAUCCAGCAGGUUGCCGCCGCGCUGGCGCAGUGCACGGUGUCUCGCAGGGAGCUGGUGUGUCAGCCCUGCCUGAAGAAGACGCUGCACAAACUGGAGGCCAUGAUGGGCGUCCUACAGGCUGAGACCACUGAGGGCACCGAGACACCCACCACCAUCGCCGACAGCAUCCUCAACAUCACUGGUGACCUCAUCCACCUGGCCAGUGCAGAUGUGCAGGGCCAGCCUCCAGGAGACCCCGGCGUGCUGGGAGCAGCGCAGCCCUCGCUGCUGGUGGCCUCCCGGGCCUACAACCUGUCGUCCGCCCUCAUGUGCAUCCUCACGCGCUCGCGAGUACUCAAUGAGGAGCCGCUGACGCUGGCCGGCGAGGAGAUCGUGGCCCAGGGCAAGCGCUCGGACCCUCUGAGCCUGCUGUGUGCGGGCCAGGCCGUGAGCCCCGACUGCCACUUCUCCAUCCCGGCCGCCUUCAGUGGGGCGCUGGCCGGCCGCAGCGAGGUGGUGCAGCUCAUCUUCCUGGUGGACUCCAACCCCUUCCCCUUUGGCUACAUUGGCAACUAUACUGUCUCCACAAAGGUGGCCUCCAUGGCCUUCCAGACGCAGGCCGGCCACCAGAUCCCCAUCGAGCGGCUGGCCUCCGAGCGCGCCAUCACUGUCACGGUGCCCAGCAACACCGGCCCAGGCCACAGCGUGCCCGCCGCUGCCAUCACCACUGUGCCCCCGCGGGCCUCCGUCAGCGCCGAGGUGGUCCCUGAGAGCAGCAACCCAGCCGCUGCCCUGCACCUGCAGCUCACCUUCUCCGUGCUUGAUGAGACCUACCUGUCGGAGGAGCCCGAGCCCUACCUGGCUGUGUACCUGCAUGUGGCGGCCCGGCCCAACGAAUACAACUGCUCUGCUAGCCGGCGGAUCAGCCUGCAGGUGCUGGCGGGCAAGGACCACAGGCUCUACACCUUCUUCAUUGCUCCCGGGACCACAGAGCCCGGUGGGAGCUACCACCUGAACCUGACCAGCCACUUCCACUGGUCAGCGCUGGAGGUGUCUGUGGGCCUCUACACGUCCCUGUGCCAGUACUUCAGCGAGGAGGACAUGGCCUGGCGCACGGAGGGGAUUGUGGCGCUGGAGGAGACCUCGCCCCGCCAGGCCGUCUGCCUCACUCACCACCUCACUGCCUUCGGCGCCAGCCUCCUGGUGCCGCCCAGCCGCAUCAGCUUCGUCCUUCCUGAGCCGUCGGCGGGCAUGAACGUCGUCGUCCUGCUGACAUGCGCUGUGUGCCUGCUGACCUACGCGGUCAUGGCGGUGCUCCUGCGGAAGCUGGACCAGCUGGAUGUGCGUCGGGUCCGCGUCAUCCCGUUCUGCGGGAAGGGCGGCUGCUUCAAGUACGAGAUCCUGGUCAAGACCGGCUGGGGCCGAGGCUCCGGCACCACCGCACACGUGGGUAUCAUGCUGUUUGGGGCGGAGAGCCGCAGUGGCCACCGGCACCUGGACGGCAGUGGGGCCUUCCACCGCAACAGCCUGGACAUUUUCCAGAUCGCCACGCCCCACAGCCUGGGCAGCCUGUGGAAGAUUCGCGUGUGGCACGACAACAAGGGGCUCAGCCCAGCCUGGUUCCUGCAGCACGUCAUCGUUAGGGACCUGCAGAGCGCCCGCAGCACCUACUUCCUGGUCAAUGACUGGCUGUCGGUGGAGACGGAGGCCAAUGGGGGCCUGGUGGAGAAGGAGGUGCUGGCAGCAAACGAUGCUGCGCUGCGGCGGUUCCGGCGGCUGCUGGUGGCGGAGCUGCAGCGCGGCCUCUUCGACAAGCACAUCUGGCUCUCGCUGUGGGACCGGCCGCCGCGCAGCCGCUUCACCCGCGUCCAGCGGGCCACCUGCUGCGUCCUCCUGCUCUGUCUCUUCCUGGGCGCCAACGCCGUGUGGUACGGGGUCGUAGGAGACGCAGCCUACAGCAGGAAACCCGUGUCCACGCUGAUCCCUCUCAGUGUGGACACAGUGGCCGUCGGCCUCGUGUCCAGCGUGGUUGUCUACCCCGUCUACUUGGCCAUCCUGUUUCUCUUCCGGAUGUCCAGGAGCAAGGUCUUUGCUGCUGAGCAAAUGCAUGAUUUAUUUCUGGAUGAUUCUAAAAGCCUGGUGUGCUGGCCACCCACUGAGGGCUCGCUCAGCUGGCCGGACCUGCUCGCUGACCCAUCCAUAGUGGGCAGCACCAUGCAGCAGUUAGCUCAGGGGCUGCCUGGCCGCCCCCUGAGCCAGGAAGAGGACAGCCUCUCUCUGGUCAGCCCUCCCUCCCCUGCCAAAUACUUCUCAGCUUCAGAUGAAGACCUGAUCCGACAGAUCCUGGCCGAAGGGGCCAGCAGCCUGGCUGCCACCCAGAGCCCCCAGCUGGACGCAGACCUGCUCACCGGCCUGUCAGGGAGUCCUGGGGCAAGAACCGAGGCGCUGGUGCUACACAGAUUGGAGGAGAGAGGACCGCCAGCCCCCGGCCCCGGCUGGGACCAGCCCCUGUCCCCCACACACUCUGGUGCAGGGCUGAUGGAGGGCCUGCGGAAGCGCCUGCUGCCGGCCUGGUGCUCCCACCUGGCCCACGGGCUCAGCCUGCUCCUGGUCGCCCUGUGCAUGGGCCUCUCUGGCUGGCUCGGCUCCGGCUUUGCCCCUCACGUCAGCGUCAUGUGGUUGUUGUCCAGCGGCUCCAGUCUCCUGGUCUCCUUCCUGGGCUGGGAGCCCCUCAAGGUCCUGCUGGAGGCCCUGUACUUCUCACUGGUGGUCCAGCGGCUGCACCCAGACGAGGACGACCCGCUGGUAGAGAGCCCCGCCGUGACGCCCGUGAGCGAGCGCGUGCCCCGCGUGCGGCCCCCCCACGGCUUCGCCCUCUUCCUGGCCAAGGAGGAGGCCCGAAAGGUCAAGAGACUGCACGCGGUGCUGCGGAACCUGCUGGUGUACAUGCUUUUCCUCCUGGUGACACUACUGGCCAACUACGGGGACGCCGCGUGCCUCGGCCACGCCCACCGCCUGCAGAGUGCCAUCAAGCAGGAGCUUGACAGCCGGGCCUUCCUGGCCAUCACCCGGUCUGACGAGCUGUGGCCGUGGAUGGCCCGUGUGCUGCUCCCCUACACCCACAGCCACCAGUCCAGCCCGGAGCUGGGGCCCCCGCGGCUGCGGCAGGUGCGCCUGGAGGAAGCCCCUUGUCCUGACCCCCUAGGCUCGGGCACCCGCCCCUGCUCAGCGGCAGGUGGCUUCAGUACCAGUGACUAUGGCGUUGGCUGGGAGCACGCCCCCAGCAACAGCUCUGGGACAUGGGCCUACUCAGCACCCGAGGCGCUUGGAGUCUGGCACUGGGGGGCCUGUGCCGUGUAUGAUAGCGGUGGCUAUGUGCAGGAACUGGGACAGAGCCUGGCAGAGAGCCAGGCACAGCUGGAAUUCCUGCAGCGACAUCACUGGGUGGACAACAGGAGCCGAGCCGUGUUUGUGGAGCUCACGCGCUACAGCCCGGCCGUGGGGCUGCACGCUGCUGUCACCCUGCGCCUCGAGUUCCCUGUGGUCGGCCAGGCCCUCGCGGCCCUCAGCGUGCGGCCCUUCUCCUUGCAGCGCCUCAGCACUGGCCUCUCCCUGCAGCUGCUCACCUCGGUGAGCCUCCUGCUGCUGGCGCUGCACUUCCUGGUGGCCGAGGCCCGUGCCUGGCAGAGAGAGGGGCGUGGGCGCAUAGCCAGGCCAGGAGCCUGGGUACGGGGGCUGCUGGUGGUGUUGGCUGCAGCCGCUGCGCUUGUCCGCCUGGCCCAGCUGGGCGCCGCCGACCGCCAGUGGGCCCGCUUCCUGGGUGGCCGCCCACGCCACUUCACCAGCUUCGAGCAGGUGGCACAGCUAGGCACCGUGGCCCGUGGACUGGCCGCGUCCCUACUGUUUGUGCUGCUGGUGGAGGCCGCCCAGCAGCUGCGGUUCGUCCGCCAGUGGUCUGUUUUUGGCAAGACCCUCUGCCAGGCCCUGCCAGAACUUGCGGGUGCAGCUGUGGCCCUGGCGGUACUUGCCGUGGCCUACACCCAGCUGGCCAUCCUGCUGGUCUCUUCGGGCAUGGACUCGCUGCGCAGCGCUGCCCAGGCCGUCCUGCUGCUCUGCCCCACUGAGCCCCUGCGCUUCUCGGCGCUGCUGUGCUCGGGGCUGUGGGCACUGCGGCUGUGGGGCGCCCUGCGCCUGGGUGCCGUGCUCCUGUGCUGGCGCUACCAUGCUCUGCGCGGCGAGCUUUACCGGCCGGCCUGGGAGCCGCAGGACUACGAGAUGGUGGAGCUCUUCCUGCGGCGCCUGCGCCUGUGGAUGGGCUUCAGCAAGGUCAAGGAGUUCCGCCACAAGGUGCGCUUCGAGGGCGUGGAGCCGCUGCCCUCCCGCUCCUCCCACGACUCCCAGGCCCCGCCGGAGGCCCCACCGCCCAGCGCCGGCUCGGACACCUCGCGCCCCUCCACCUCCUCCAGCCAGCUGGAGACAGGCCUGGGCCGCCCCGGGCUGCGGGGGGAGCCAGAGCCCUCCCGCCUGCAUGCAGUCUUCGAGGCUCUGCUGACCCAGUUUGACCGGCUCAACCAGGCCACGGAGGACGUGUACCAGCUGGAGCAGCGGCUGCAGGGUCUGCGGAGCUGCAGGCCACCUGCCUCGCCUGCCCCCGGCCCCCAGCCACCCCUGUCCGGUGGCCUGACCAAGGCCAGCAGGGGCAUCGGGCUGGCCCGUGCCCCCCUCAGACCCUCGUUGAGGGCCAACAAGGUGCGUCCCAGCAGCACGUAGGGCAUGGCGGUCUGCCGCCACCACCGCAGCCCAGUGUCCUCACCCGCUGCACGCAGCCCCGCCGGGAGCCCCAGCCCACCUGCGGGUGUCAGCACUUUAUCGCGGCUGCGGGGCAGCCAGGACAGGGUCCCCUCCCAUCGCCAUGGGAGGACAUAGCAGUAUUGGAUGAGUGAGUGCCCAGCCUCUAGGCACCCAGUCCUCCCAGUCCUCAGGUACAGGUGCAGCGGGCUGUGCCCGGCCCAGCCCCUCCCCUAAGUUAUUGCCCCACCUGCUGCACGCGCACCCCUGUCUACCGUCAGUAAUUUAUACGGGAAAAUGGGUAUUUUUGUACGUCGCUACCACUCGGGCUGAAGCCCGGGUCGCUGCGUUUGGGGGACAGGGAGACGGGGUGUAGAGCCGAUAGGCUUUGGCGGAUGCAGCGGGUGAGACCCGAGGAGGACAGCUGACCGCCGUGGGAACCUUGUCCCCAAGGCCAGCCCAGGGCUGGCUCCUGGGACUGAGCAGGGCGUGCCUGUGAAGACAGGACACGUGGGUGGGCCCCCCACUGCCCCCGCCUGCACCUGCACCCCUCCCCCCCAAGCCGACAAAGUCAAAUAAAGGCGUUAGCUGA